AUGUUGAUCGACACGGGCGCGGAGAUCACAUUCAUCACUGCUUCUUUCGUGCAGCAACUCAAGCUUCACCGGGAAGCAUCGGUAAUACCGAUCAUCGGGAUCGGCGGGACGCAUUCGGGCCACACGCGCGGGGUGGUUAGCGUAAAGCUUCGGUCUAUGCACUCAUCGGACAUUGUCUCAAUAAAAGCGCACAUUUUGUCAAAGUUAAUGCCUACUCUCCCUUCAUUUACACCUCCUAACAUCUCACUUUCUCAUCUGCAAGGAAUUUUAUGGGUGGACGAGGGCGGGGGGGUCGUUCCAUUCCAUCUCACCACGGUCACUUACGGUACUCGGUCAGCACCAUUUCUCGCGGGACGGGCCCUGGAUCAACUGGUUACAGACGAGAGCGGGAAAUAUCCCGAAGCUGUCGCCCCUCUUACAAAGGGGCGAUAUGUGGACGAUAUUUACGGCGGUGCUGACCAGCUCGCAGAUCUCAUCACGCAGGCGGAGCAACUCAUCGGGAUUUGUACAGCGGGCUGCUUUCCUCUGGCCAAGUGGCAGAGCAAUCAUCCGGAGCUUCUCACGGCGGUCGGGGCGACCUCAUCAACGGAAAACGCUCGGGUAUUUGAAGAAUGUGAGACAAAAGUCCUUGGUCUCGCAUGGUUUCCUCACACGGACGUGUUCAAAUUCACGGUUCACAAGUACACAGCCGGGGACGGGAUCACGAAACGCAUCAUUCUCUCGGAGAUCGCACAAUUAUACGAUCCAUUGGGUUUUUUCUCACCGGAACUAUCGCAUCUCGGGACGGUUUCGGUACCGCGGUGGCUCAACAUCGCGACGGGUACAUCGGUCGAACUACACGGGUUUUCGGAUGCAUCUCAACUAGCAAUGGGCGCAGCUGUGUACGUUCGGGUUUCGAGCGCGGGUGAUCAAACAACGGUCUCACUAGUCUGCGCUAAGACUAAGGUCGCACCGAUCACACGGCUCACAAUUCCUCGGUUGGAGCUCGCAGCAGCGGUGCUGCUUGCUAAACUCACACACCACGUGCAAAACGUGCUGGGCCUUGAUGACUCACGGGUUUACCUAUGGACGGACUCAAUGGUAACACUCACUUGGGUCACUUCUCAUCCUUCACGGUGGAAGGAUUUUGUUCGGAAUCGGGUAUCACUGGCACAGGAGCUCGUGCCACGGGCCCAAUGGAGAUUCACACCGGGUCGGGACAAUCCAGCGGAUUGCGCAUCACGGGGGCUAACCAUCUCACAACUCGCGCGACAUUCAUCAUGGUGGGACGGGCCUCACUGGUUAGCAAAAGACUCGUUCCAUUGGCCAACUCAACGCAUCGGGACGGGGGACGCAGCGGCGCUCGAAGAGCGGCCAGGUCUUACACUCUCACUCGCAACAUCACCCUCACCGGUUUACGAUCUCAUCUUGAAAUACUCAUCUCUCACACGGUUGUUGCGAAUUACCUCAUGGCUCUUCAAGGCGAUUACAAACCUGAAAAGAGCGGGCGACGGUACAUCGGAUUCAGCCAACAUCACACCGGGAGACCUGGAGAACUCACGGCUUUAUUGGGUGAAAGCCAUUCAGGGAGCAUACUUCACUUCAGAGCUUAAAACACUCACAUCGGGCUACACUCUCCCGAAAUCGCAUCCGAUCACGCGAUUAACGGGCUUCAUAGAUCAUCAAGGCAUUCUCAGGGUGGGAGGACGGCUGAAGCACUCAGCCUUACAACCUGAUUGCAAGCACUCCGUUAUUCUCCCUCGGGACUCACCACUUACGGCACUUCUCAUCGCUGAUGCUCACGAGCGUACUCUUCACGGCGGGACUCAACUCACCUUGGCCUAUCUACGGCAGAGCUGCUGGAUCAUCGGCGGGCGUGGGCCAGUACGCUCAUACAUUUUGCGCUGCGUGCGGUGCGCGCGCUUCCGGGCGCUCAAGGCACAGCAACUAAUGGAUUUAACCACGGACGGGUUCCUCGCAGCACUCAGACGGUUCACGGGCAGACGCGGGAUUCCGCACACGAUCCAAAGUGAUUGCGGAACCAACUUUCAGGGUGCAGCAGCGGAGCUACGACAAUUAUUCAAGACAGGUACACGGAAAUCCGAACUCAUUCAGCACACUGGGGCAACUGACGGGAUUAAAUGGGUGUUCAACCCACCGGGGGCACCUCAUAUGGGCGGAAAAUGGGAGGCCGCAGUAAAAUCGGUCAAGUAUCAUCUCCGGCGGACGAUUGGGGAUGCCAGUUUCACGUUUGAAGAAUUUACGACUCUUCUCACACAAAUUGAGGGCAUACUCAACUCGCGGCCGUUGGAGCCUCUGUCGGAUGACCCGGAUGAUUAUUCAGUUCUCACCCCUGGGCAUUUUCUCAUCGGGGACACACUCACCUCCAUUCCUGAGCCCUCAUUACGGGAUGUGCCUCAAGGUCGCCUCACACGGUGA